CUGAGUAAAAUCAUAUAUCAUAGGUCCUUAUGAAAGAGCCCAAUUUGGAGAGGUUGAAGUCAGAAGGGAAAAGUCAAACGAACCCAAGAUGCCAACGAAUACGGUUCCAGGUACGAUCUAUCGUCCUGCCUUAUCAUCCGACGCUAGAGCCGUAUCAUAUCUCAUAGGUCAAGUAUGGUCUCAAUUCUUUUCUUUCUCCGUUUCUCCACACGAUCUUGAACAUUAUCUCACUCAUACUUUGGCAAUAUCAACAAUUACGGAAGAAAUAAAAUCUGAACGAUAUCGAUUUUUACUUGCUAUUAUUCCCUCCUCUCUUUCCUGUCUCAGCUCGUCUCACAACCUUCCCGCCGAACCGUCUGUCGUAUCAACCGCCACGAUCCAACCCCCCAAACCUCCCAUUCUAGCCAGUUUUGAUGAUGAUACUACAAGUUCACUCAGGCAGAAAGAUGAUGUAUCGUCGGUGGAAGAGCUGAAAGUGGAUGAUGGGAUCCUGGUGGGAGUAGCUCAAUUAGUCUUAAAUGCUUCUACACCAAUACGAAUAGAAUCAGGAGAAGAGCUGAUGUCAAAUAUGGUGGAACUACAACGAUUAUACGUACAUCAUACUCAACAUGGUAGCGGAUUGUCUCAAACUUUAUUUGAGAAGUGUGAAGAAGUAGUCAGGAGGGAAGGUGGUAAUGGAAUGUGGUUAGGUGUUUGGGAGGAUAAUAUCAGAGGGAAAAGAUUCUAUGAAAAGAUGGGUAUGGAUCAAGUUGGGGAGAAGAAAUUUGUGUUGGGUAAUGCGAUGAGAAGGGAUUUAGUCAUGAUGAAACGUAUUUAAACCAG